AUGGCUCACCUGGGCGCGCACCUGGCCUUCCGGGCCCGCUGGCAGAAGACCGACCUUGACCUCUGCCGGCACAGCAUGUCCUUCAUCCUGCACAGGGCCAUCCGCAACGACUUCUUCCAGAGCUACCUCCACCUGCUGGAGAAGCUGCCGCUGGUGAAGCUGUAUGCGUUAACCAGCCACGUCAUCAACGGCGAGAUGCAGUUCUAUGCAAGAGCAAAACUUUUCUACCAAGAAGUCCCGGCCACGGAAGCGGGGAUGAUGGGGAAUUUCAUCGAACUGUCCAACCCAGACAUCCAAGCCUCGCGGAAGUUUCUGGGGAAAUUCGUUGGGGGCCCUGGCCAGGCAGGGACGGGCUGUGCGCUGGACUGCGGCUCGGGCAUCGGGCGGGUCAGCAAGCACGUGCUGCUGCCCGUGUUCAGCCGCGUGGAGCUGGUGGACAUGAUGCCGGCCUUCCUGCGGGAGGCCCAGGCCUACCUGGCGCCCGGCCACGGGGUCGAGAACUUCCACUGCCGCAGCCUGCAGGAGUUCGCGCUGCCUGUGGGCCGCUACGACGUCAUCUGGAUCCAGUGGGUUUCCGGGCACCUGACGGACAAAGACCUCCUGGCCUUCCUCUCCCGCUGCCGCGGCAGCCUCCGCGAGCACGGGCUGGUCGUCCUCAAGGACAACGUGGCCCGCGAGGGCUGCGCACUGGACCUGGCCGACAGCAGUGUCACGCGGGACAUGGACACGCUCCGGAGCCUCAUCGCCCAGAGCGGGCUGGCUGUGCUGGGCCAGGAGAGGCAGGACGGCUUCCCCGAGCACUGCCUGCCCGUGUGGAUGUUCGCCCUGUGCAGGGACCCCCCGAGACACGCGUGA